UGACUAGAGCCUGAGACUAUUUGCAGCGUUGUCACUGAGGUGUUGCGUUUUUGUCGGUGGUGACAUAUUUUCAUGAAAGGGCUUCAAGUCAGUGAAAUAUUUGCUCUUUCUGCAUAGUGUACGUCUUUGUUCGUGUAUAACUUGCUGGGCUUUGCGAUGCACCGGUACAUCUUCCUUCUGUCCACCGCCCUGACGUUACUGUUCUCCGGACCAGCUCAAGGAUACUUCCCCGAAGAACGCUGGAGCCCCGAAUCUCCACUUCUUGCCCCCCGGGUCCUCAUUGCCCUUGUCUGCCGCAACUCUGAACAUUCUCUGCCUUAUUUCCUUGGAACUAUCGAACGUCUGAAUUAUCCCAAGGACCGCGUGGCAAUUUGGGUAGCGACGGACCACAAUGUGGACAACACUACAGCCAUCCUGCGUGACUGGCUCGUCAAGGUACAAAAACUCUACCACUAUGUGGAGUGGAGGCCGCAGGAGGAGCCCACAGAGUACCAGGAUGCAGACAGCCCGAAGCAGUGGACCAACCUCCGCUACGCACACGUGAUGAAGCUACGGCAGGCAGCACUGGACUCCGCAAGAGACAUGUGGGCAGACUACUUCAUGGUGGUGGACUGUGAUAACCUAUUGACCAAUCCUAAUGUACUGUGGAAGCUKAUCAAGGAGAACAAGACCAUCGUAGCUCCCAUGUUAGAGUCCCGUGCAGCCUACUCCAACUUCUGGUGUGGCAUGACCUCCCAGGGUUACUAUAAGCGCACCCCGGCCUACAUCCCUAUGAGAAAGCAGGUGCGUAAAGGAUGCUUCGCGGUUCCCAUGGUGCACUCCACCUUCCUGAUUGACUUGAGGAAGGAGGCGUCACGCCAGCUGGCCUUCCACCCCCCUCACCCAGACUACAGCUGGGCCUUCGAUGACAUCAUUGUCUUCGCCUUCUCCGCUCGCAUGGCAGAUGUGCAGAUGUUCCUAUGUAACAAAGAGACUUAUGGGUAUUUCCCCGUGCCACUGCGAGCCCACAACUCCCUGACAGACGAAGCAGACAGCUUCCUGCAUUCCUUGUUGGAGGUCAAUGUGCGGAACCCUCAUGUGCUGCCCUCGGAGUACAUCCCGGCCCCCGUAAAGAUACAAGAUAAACUGGGCUUUGAUGAGGUGUUCAUGAUCAACCUAAAGAAACGGACCGACCGGCGGGAUCGCAUGCUGAGGACUCUGUACGAGCAAGAGAUUGCCUGCAAGGUCAUUCAAGCGGUAGACGGCAAAGCGAUGAACAUCAGUGAGAUCAAUGCCCUGGGGAUCCACAUGCUACCAGGCUACAGUGACCCGUACCACGGUAGGCCCCUCACCAAGGGAGAGCUGGGCUGCUUCCUAUCACACUACAACAUCUGGAAAGAGAUCGCAGAGCGGGGUCUAAAGAGUUCCCUGGUGAUCGAGGACGAUCUGCGUUUCGAGGUCUUCUUCAAGCGACGCCUGAUGAACCUGAUGAGUGAAGUGGAGAGCCAGGGGCUAGACUGGGACCUGAUUUAUAUCGGCAGGAAGAGGAUGCAGGUGGACCGCCCUGAGAAGUCCGUGCCCAAUAUACACAACCUGGUGGAGGCCGACUACUCCUAUUGGACGCUGGGCUAUAUGAUGUCAUUACAAGGAGCCCAGAAGCUGCUGAGGGCAGAGCCGUUGAAGAGGAUAUUACCCGUAGAUGAGUUCCUCCCUGUCAUGUUCAAUAAACACCCUGUCUCGGACUACAUGGAGCACUUUGAGGAGCGGGACCUGAAGGCCUUCUCGGCCGAGCCCCUGCUAGUGUUCCCCACUCACUACACAGGAGACUCGGGCUACAUCAGCGACACAGAGACCUCCGUGGUGUGGGACAACGAGAAGGUGCGUACGGACUGGGACCGGGCCCGCUCGGGGAAGACCCAGGAGCAGGCUGAGAUCAGCAGCGAGGCCCAGAACUCUGACGUACUCCAGUCACCUCUGGACAGCACAGCCACACGGGACGAACUAUGAGAGGAGAAGGGGUGGAGAGGAAGGGGAUGGGAUUGGCGAUGGAGUAUGGAUGGAGAGAUAUGCUGAAGAUUAAGAACCAUCGUGAGUGAUGUGAACCACCAAGGGUUUUUUUUGUGUCGUUUUUUUAACGUUUUAGCCCCCUUUCAUUGCAGCAACAUGACGUAUAGUAGGCGCCUGUUUUUGCUUCCUUUUUUAACCAAAGAUUACAAGUUAAAGGGAUUAGUUGCAUUCUUUUGGAGAGAAAAAAUUAUUCCAUUUCCUUUUUCAUUUCAGAAAUAUGUUGGACUCACCUUUUUUGUUGUUGCUGCAUUUACAAGACCCAAAUACAGGGUGGGGUCUGUAUGUCAACAGUGAUCUGGUUGGACUGUCUAUUACAUUUCAGUGAUGUGAUUGGCCUGUGAACUGGAACUUUGUUUGUCACUACCAUGCCUCAAGUGCCUUAUAGCCUAGUUCAUCAUGCCAAAUCUCACAACUGACCCGAGACCUUGUCACCUCUAGAAUGAAUAAUUCAUUUAUUAAUUGUUAUUAAUUAACGUGUGUGCAUGUACUAUAACAGUGAACUGUAGCAGUCUUUCUGAAAGGACUGGAAAAGACGAGCAUCUGCAUGCUUUUUCGAGAUAGCUUUAAGAGGAUCUUUUUCAUUUGUUCAUUUGUAAACUAUAGCUAGAACUAACAUCUAUUGCAUCGAUUYGAGAUUMYUGCUUGAAAGUUGUGUGUGCUGCUUCGCAAACGAGUUCCAUAGUUUCACGAAAACCUCAAAACGGAGCUCAAAGUCCCAUCAUAUGACAAAUGAGAUUAAUACCAAAACCGRAGUAAUUAAAAAGCAUCAUCUCCCAAAAGGAA